AUGGAUCCCGUCUCAGCACUCGGUGUGGCGUCCGCCAUACUGACCUUCAUCGAUUUCAGUACGAAGGUUUUCCGCAGCGCAAAGAAAAUACACGACGCUCAAUCCGACGUCCUGGAAGAGAAUGCGACGUCCGAAUAUGUUGUCAACCGUAUGCAGCACUUCUCAAAGGCUGUCUCAGAGGAGCUAUCGAUUUUAGACUCUUCCAACUCAACACUUACGGGUAAUGAUGCUCAGUUACGCGAGCUGGCCUUCAAAUGCAAGAAGAUUGCAGAUGAACUUGUCCAGCUGCUCGAAGGACUGAGGAUAACGGAUUCAAAGUCCUGGACUCAGGCGGUUCGGGUGGCUUGGAAGAACGAAACGAAUCGCAGCAAGAAGGACAGACUGGACAAAGAGCUCGAGUUCUGCCGAAGUCAAUUUCAAGUAGAACUCGACUACUACACACGCAAGGAAACCAUAACUCGACUCAGCGCUUUGCUCGAACGAUCCAAAGACAACAAUAUUCAGAUGCAAAAGCUGCAAGAAUGUGUUAUUCGAUUUCAGGAGACCCUCAAGUCCUCGGUUUGGAACGAGACUGCGAAAACCCAGAUUGAAGAGUUAUUACGUCUCCCAAUGGAGACUCUUGCUGCCAUCGCACAAGAACGAAUUCUCGGGGGGAUCAGGUUCAGCGGAAUCGAGCAGCGGUUCAACGACAUUCGACCAGCACAUUUCGAAACCUUCAAUUGGCUUUUCUCCGACAAAAAGUCGACCUCCGAGGAGCUGCUGCAAGCGGGACAUUCUGCCCACUACGAUUACAAAUACGAUGAUGAGCAAAAGGCACGAGAAAGAAAUAGACAAUUGUUCGCCCAAUGGCUUUCAUCUGGAAGCGGUGUAUUUCACUUCUCCGCCAAGCUAGGCGCGGGAAAGUCGACGUUAAUGAAAGAGGCCUGCAACCACGACGCCGUCAAGGCCAAGCUGAGGGAAUGGGCAGGCACACGCGAGCUCCUUCUUGGGCAAUUCUUCUUCUGGAGAGCCGGCACACCUUACCAGAAAACUCUCAACGGCAUGUUUCGCGGCCUCUUGUAUGACGUGCUACGCUCUAAACCCGAACUGAUACCUCGGAUUCUUCCUUCGCAUUGGACCGACGCGAUUUCUACUCCGUGGCAAGCCAAUAAGAUCAUAGAGAUCACCAACGAGGCCAUAAAAGACUCCCUCGAACGUCUUGUUUCUGAGACCGCAAACAGUGGCUCAUUGCGCCUUUUCCUUUUCAUCGACGGUCUCGACGAAAUGGAGGAAAACACAACACAUACAUACCAGGACUUGGUGGCAACCAUUAGUAAAUGGGUCAUCGAGAGCUCCGGGAACGUCAAAGUCUGCGCCUCGAGCCGAGAGUACUUGGUAUUCCUGAAUGGCUUUCCCGAAAGCCAAAGGCUACACCUCCACCGUCUCACAAGACUGGACAUGCAAUGUUACAUCAGGGAUAGGCUCAAGGGUAUUGCCAACGCCAGCGACAUCGAUACUCUUUCUAACAAUAUCGUCAAGAAAGCACAAGGCAUUUUCUUCUGGGUGGCCUUGGUUACAAAAAAUAUUCGUCAGCAGCAUGGAGACGGUGCGUCGAUGGACGAAUUACUGGACCAGAUCAAUGCACUUCCCGAUGGGCUUUACGAACUCUUCAGACAUGUUCUCAUCUCACUCGAAACGCCUGUCCGUAAGGUUGCAUAUGAGACAUUUGCAAUGAUGCAAGAAGCGAGAUCUUGGAGAUUCCCAUUCAUGGCGAUCGCAUACGCGUUUUUCAGAGACUGGAAGAAGAGUCAGCAGCCAGACUUCGCCGCGACACAUGUCAUUGCGGAGAGUAAUACCACAGCGCUGAUGCUCGAACGAUCAAGAAUGGACGUAAGACGUCGGUUUGAUAUUGAACAAAUCGAGGAAAUGCAAGAUUGGGGACCGGAGCGGGUUGUUGAAGCAUGUGGUUUCGAGAAUAAGGAUCGGAUUUUGAGCCUCAUACGCGGUCAGACCAGACAAACUGGUCGUCUUCUCGAAGAAACUCCCCCUUCCAACCUCGAACCAGAGGAGAUUCCACCGGAACUCUUGGAAGAGGAGUCUCCCACGAACGUGUCUCUCAGCGACGCGGCUGGAACUUGGGGUUGGCUUAUUCCCCUGGUCAUAGGCAUGAUGCUGGGUAAGUCGCACUAG